AUGUGUGAUUCAGGUCAGAACACAAACUGGCUAAUUGAAGCUAUUUCCCGCCCAACAUUCGAGCUUCCUUUUGAUCUUUCGCCCGGUGAACUUACCCGCGGAGCCAAAAUGCUUUAUGGACCGAACUAUAAGUUGUGUGAGGGGAGAGUGGCUCAGCAGACAGAGACUAUUGUGGUGCCUGAGAACAGUGAUGCAAAGGAUUUGCCGCUAAAAUUUGAAUGCAAGUUCCGGACAUUACAAGGUGGCGAUGCAUAUCCGUCGGUGGUGGUGCGCUGGCAUGGACAAAUUCAGAGGAUGACGUGGAAUUCUGCUGGUGAAGUGACGUAUGAACAGAACUAUGUGUAUCCCGUUGCUUUCCAUGUCUACCCAUCAUCCAAUGGUCUUUCGGGAGGUUCUGAGUCUGCACCAACUGAUCCAUUCUUUGAUGCACCUGUGAUUUCUGAUGCUUACACUUUCGAUGACAUUGUAGCGUCGUUCAAAACCAAUUGUGUCCGGCCUUAUUAA